GUCGGAUUUAGGCGGGUUGGGGGAAUUGUGAAGUUUCGUGUGUUAACGGUCCGCGCUCAGUAUAGGAUUAGGAGUCGCGUGGAGUUGUCUGUUGUCGGUGUGUUUUGUCCGGUAUAUCGUAUCAGUCAUGGAGACCGAACCACUGAGACCUCUCUUUGAUGAAAACAAGACUGCGGUGGGCAAGGUGAAGAAAGGUGAUGACAGACGCCUUUCUGUAGAACGCAUUUAUCAGAAGAAGACCCAGUUGGAGCAUAUAUUGCUCCGUCCAGAUACCUACAUUGGCUCUGUAGAGCCUGUUACACAGCAAAUGUGGGUGUUUGAUGAAGAAGUCGGCCUAAACUGCAGAGAAGUGACAUUUGUCCCUGGCUUGUAUAAAAUCUUUGAUGAAAUCUUAGUAAAUGCCGCUGAUAACAAGCAGAGGGACCCAACAAUGUCCUGCAUCAAGAUUGUUAUUGACCCUGAGAACAAUACAGUAAGUGUGUGGAAUAAUGGGAAAGGUAUUCCUGUUGUUGAACACAAAGUAGAGAAGGUCUACGUUCCUGCCCUCAUCUUUGGGCAACUGCUGACCUCCAGUAAUUAUGACGACGACCAGAAGAAAGUUACUGGUGGUCGUAAUGGUUAUGGUGCCAAGUUGUGUAACAUCUUUAGCACCAAAUUUACAGUGGAAACUGCAUGUAAGGAGUACAAGAAGGUCUUCAAACAGAGUUGGACCAAUAACAUGGCAAAAUCUUCUGAAUCGAAGAUUAAACCAUUUGAUGGAGAGGAUUAUACCUGCAUCACUUUCCAGCCAGACCUAAGCAAAUUCAGCAUGCAGAUUCUGGACAAGGACAUUGUAGCUCUGAUGGGCCGAAGAGCUUAUGAUAUAGCAGGCUCUUCCAAAGGAGUCAAAGUCUUUCUCAAUGGCAAAAAGCUUCCUGUUACUGGCUUUCGCAGUUAUGUGGACAUGUAUGUUAAAGAUAAGGUGGAUGAGACGGGAAAUGCUUUAAAGAUUAUCCAUGAGUCUGUAAACAAUCGCUGGGAAGUGUGUCUGACCAUGAGUGAAAAGGGUUUUCAGCAAGUCAGCUUUGUCAACAGCAUUGCAACCACAAAGGGUGGUAGACAUGUUGACUAUAUCGCUGAUCAGAUUAUCACCAAAAUCAUUGAUGUUGUAAAGAAGAAGAAUAAGGGUGGAGUGGCUGUUAAACCUUUCCAGGUGAAAAACCACAUGUGGAUCUUUGUGAACGCUUUGAUUGAGAACCCAACAUUUGACUCCCAGACCAAGGAGAACAUGACGUUGCAGUCAAAGAGCUUUGGAUCUAAAUGUGCACUGUCUGAGAAAUUCAUAAAAGCGGCCACAAGCUGUGGGAUUGUGGAAAGCAUCUUGAACUGGGUGAAGUUCAAGGCACAGAAUCAGCUGAAUAAGAAAUGCUCUGCGGUCAAGCAUACGAAGAUUAAAGGCAUUCCCAAACUUGAUGAUGCCAAUGAUGCUGGAAGCAAACUCUCCAAUCGAUGCACUCUCAUCCUAACUGAAGGAGACUCGGCCAAGACAUUGGCUGUGUCUGGCCUGGGUGUGGUUGGAAGGGAUCGGUAUGGGGUCUUCCCACUGAGGGGUAAACUGCUCAACGUUCGGGAAGCCUCACACAAACAGAUUAUGGAAAAUGCCGAAAUAAACAACAUAAUUAAGAUUGUUGGCCUGCAGUACAAGAAAGACUAUGAAGACGAAGAAUCUCUGAAAAGUCUUCGUUAUGGAAAGAUCAUGAUUAUGACAGAUCAGGAUCAAGACGGUUCCCAUAUUAAAGGCUUGCUUAUCAACUUUAUUCAUCACAACUGGCCCUCUCUGCUGAGGCACCGUUUCCUGGAAGAGUUUAUUACCCCCAUUAUUAAGGUUUCCAAAAAUAAGCAAGAACUCCCCUUCUACAGCAUCCCUGAGUUUGAGGACUGGAAGAACAACACUGAAAGUCACAAGAGCUGGAAAAUAAAGUACUACAAAGGUCUGGGUACCAGCACAGCUAAAGAGGCAAAGGAAUAUUUUGCUGAUAUGGAGAGACAUCGUAUUCCUUUCAAAUAUUGUGGCCCAAUAGAUGAUGCUGCGAUCACCUUGGCCUUUAGCAAGAAAAAGGUGGAUGACCGCAAGGAAUGGCUGACAAACUUCAUGGAAGACCGUAGGCAGCGGAAACUGCUUGGUUUGCCAGAGGAAUUCUUGUAUGGAAAGUCCACAAAGCACUUGACCUACAACGACUUCAUUAACAAAGAACUCAUUUUGUUCUCCAACUCUGACAAUGAACGUUCCAUCCCGUCUUUGGUUGAUGGUUUGAAGCCCGGGCAGAGAAAAGUGCUCUUCACUUGUUUCAAGAGGAAUGACAAGCGAGAGGUGAAGGUUGCUCAGUUGGCUGGUUCCGUGGCUGAAAUGUCGGCAUAUCAUCAUGGUGAGAUCUCGCUGAUGAUGACCAUUAUCAAUUUGGCACAAAACUUUGUGGGUAGCAACAACAUUAACCUCCUACAGCCGAUUGGUCAGUUUGGUACCAGAUUGCAUGGUGGCAAAGAUGCUGCCAGCCCUCGAUAUAUCUUCACUAUGCUUAGCCCUCUUGCUCGCCUCUUAUUCCCUCCAACGGAUGACAGUGUUCUGAAAUUCAUCAAUGAUGACAACCAAAAGGUCGAGCCAGAGUGGUACAUGCCAAUCAUCCCCAUCGUACUGGUGAACGGUGCAGAGGGUAUCGGUACCGGCUGGUCCUGUAAAAUCCCAAAUUUUGAUAUCCGGGAAAUAGUAGGCAACGUUCAAAGGAUGUUGCAUGGAGAAGAACCUCUGCCAAUGCUCCCAAGCUAUAAGAACUUUAAGGGAAUGAUCCAUGAGCUUGCUGUUAACCAUUACAUCAUUAAUGGUGAGAUCUCCGUUCUUGACACAACUACUCUUGAAAUCUCUGAAUUGCCAGUCAGGACAUGGACACAGAACUAUAAGGAGCAGGUACUGGAGGCCAUGCUAAAUGGGACAGAAAAGACUCCUCCUCUAAUUAUCGACUACAAAGAAUAUCACACAGACACAACAGUCAAGUUCAUCAUUAAGAUGACUGAAGAAAAGCUGGCUGAGGCCGAGGCAGUUGGUCUGCACAAAGUCUUCAAGCUCCAGGCACCGCUUACAUGUAACUCUAUGGUGCUGUUUGAUCAUACGGGAUGCCUGAGGAAAUAUGAGACCGUGAUGGACAUUUUGAGAGAGUUCUUUGAUCUGCGUCUCCGCUACUAUGGACUCAGGAAGGAUUGGAUGUUGGGCAUGCUAACAGCUGAAGCCUCCAAGCUUAGUAACCAGGCUAGAUUUAUUCUAGAGAAGAUUGAGGGCAAAAUUGUUAUUGAAAACAAGCCCAAGAAAGAACUCAUCCAGAUGCUGGUCCAACGUGGAUAUGACUCUGACCCAGUGAAAGCCUGGAAGCAAACCCAAGAAAAGGAGCAAACUGGAGAGCUGAUUGAAGAGGAGGACGCUGAAGCUGCUGUUACCGGUCCAGAUUUCAACUAUCUCCUUAACAUGCCCAUGUGGUACCUGACCAAAGAGAAGAAGGAGGAGCUGUGCAAACAGAGAGAUACUAAGAUUGCAGAGUUGGAAGAUCUUAAAAAGAAAUCUCCAUCUGACUUGUGGAAGGCUGAUCUUGCAGCCUUUAUCGAAGAGUUGGAACGUGUUGAAGAGAAGCAGAGGGAAGAUGAUGCCUAUGCUAUCCAGGGCAAAGCGGGCAAGAGCAAGAGUGGGAAACCACAGGUGAAAAAGCUGCAGCACCAGGAGACUUUCCCAUCCCCUCAUGGAAGACGUGUCGUUCCAAGAGUUACAACAGCCAUGAAAGCUGAGGCCACCAAGAAAAUUACUAAAAAGAAAAUCAAGAGCGAGGACGUUGCCAGGAAGAUGGAGUUUGGUGAUGAUGAUGAUGAUACAAGGGAUAGCCCAGGAGUCAGUCCAGAGAACAGUCCUGAAGAAAUGACCCUUGCUGAGAGACUGUUGAAAAAAAUUAAGAAAGAACCAGGUACUAAAGCUAAAGAAACUAAAGGGAAGAAGCAGCUGACUCUUCCAUUCAAACCCGUGCAAAAAGAACCACAGAAACAAAUGGACUCUGAUAGUGAGUUUGAACCAGAAGAAGUUGUACCGCGUUCCGUUCAGCCACGCCGGGUUGCUGCUGCUCAAAUAAAAUAUGUAUUGGAUUCUGAUGAGGAAGAGGGUGCUGGCAGCAACAAGGAGGAUGGUGACAGUGAUGUGUCCAACCAAGAAGAUUCUGAUGAUGAUGAUGAAUCCUUUGUAAUUCCUAAACCGGCACGCAAGCCAAAAGCUGCACCCAAGCGUAAGGGUGGCAGUCAGGAGAAAGAGCAACCAGCUAAGACUAGCAAGAAGCAAAAAAGUUCUCCAAAAGACUCAGAAGUGCCUAAAACAACUACCGACGAGGAUCCCAGUCCUGACAAGAAAUCAGAACCAUCCCCAACAGCAGGUGUCGUUGAUAUCGAUGAUGAGGAUUGUCCUGUGUCACUGCCACAAGCCACCCCUCCCAUCCCAGCUGCCACCACUGCCAUCCCAGCUGCCAAGAAACCAGCAAAGGAGAAGCCUGUAAAGGCUACCAAAGCGAAACCUGCAAAGCCAGCCGGUGCGAAGGCAGCACCCAAGAAACAAGCCAAGAAAAAGGAUGACGCUGCCACCAAGAAAGAUAAGCAGCCAUCCAUCUUGGAAGCUUUGUCCAAGCCCAAAACUUCCAAGUCUACUGCAGCAAGAAUUACAGAUGACUCGGAUGAUGAGAUUGCUCCUCCUAAAAAGACUGCUAAGCCACGUAAGAGGAAGAACUCCGAUUCUGACUCAGACUCUGGUCCAAAGCUGAAAAGCAAAACGGCCAAGAGACCAAAGGGAGCGGAUGACAGCUUCCAUAUAGACCUCACAUCUUCAGAUUCAGACAUGGGCAGUGCACCCGUGCGUUCCCGGGUAGGCCGUGCCAAGAAACCGGUCACAUACCUAGAAGACUCCGAUGAUGAGUAAUAAGUACUGUUCUCCCCAUCAGAACCACUGUUUAUUGGGUCAUAUUUCUUGAUCUAAGAUGAAGGCAGCUAUGUUAAAAAAAAAAAAAAAAAACUAUUUUACUUUUGUGGAAAGAUCUCAUUAGUGUUUUGUGAGACUUUCCAAUAAACGGACAUUUGUGUAUCUUAAAACAAAAACAUUUUUAGUCUUGGUUUUAGCCAUUGCCAUUUAUUCUUGCUCCUGUUAGGAUGACAAAGUCCAUGUAGGUGUUAAAACACAUUUAAAAAAUAUUUUAAAUCCUAGCAAGAGUUUGUAAGAAUGCAAAACUAAAUUUUUCAAGGUCCACUUACACAUGCCUAAUAUUUUAGGUAUCAUUUUUUUCGCUCCAUAAGACCCACAUUGGUUUUAGAGGAGGAAAACAAGAAAAAAAAUAUUCUGCACCAAAUGCUGCCGAUUUGGAGCACAGGAGAGGAUGCCCACAUCCCCAAUUAAUAAACUAGUUUGUAACUUGUACCAAUCAAAGCUGAUGCCUAAAAAUAGGCAUCUAUCAAGUGUGCCAGGGAGCAAACAAAUAUCGCCCUGUCACCAAAUUCAGUCUAUAUACAAUCCAUAGCAAAUAUCACCAUCUUAUAAUGAAUUCACCAUGCAGUCUGGAAAAGAAAGACCUGAGAAUGACUAGAUUAGCUGACGGCGUGUACACACAUUGCAUGGUCACUCCAGCAGAUGACACGCUGGAGAUGGCGGCCUCUUGUAUCCUCUGCUCAAUUGGCGUCUGACGUCACCGAUCGAGCAGAGACGAAUCGUCACUGCGCCAGUGACAUGAACCACAGCCAGCGUACAGGACAUGGUGGGAAAAACAAAGGGGGAGGUGCUCGAUAUUGUAACGCAGCAGCUGGUCAGUAUUUGCUACAUAAGGCCCACAGGCAUUUCCCCUCCUUUGGGGGGGCAAAAAGUGCGUUUUAUGGAGCGAAAAAUACAGUAGAUGCUGGUUGGUUUAUUCAACUUCCAUCUUGUCGUGGGCUGCAUAACUGUUCCCUCCUACUGCUCAUUGUAAAGUAAGAGAAGAGGCCUUACAGGAAUGAGCAGAGGUAAUGUUAGAGUAACAGGUCAGGUGUGUGGAUCAGUCCUGUGAUUCCCUUUUCAGAAUUGGUUAGAUGUACUCACCCUUUAAGCUUUCUAAGAUCUCUUAUACAGUUUUCUCGAAUUCCUAUUUUAGAGUUGUACGAUUUGGUGAUCACCUAUGCUUUUUAUGCAAUCCUGCGUUCAUCUAGCUGGCUAGUCCCCGUCUAAUACUGUAUAUACUCUGUGUUGUCUGUGAACAUUGUACAUAUUUUUGCUGUUGUCUGUCCAUUUUUUCUUUACUGUUUGGAAUAAAUAUCUUGAAACAAA